AAAAAAAAAAAAAAAAAGCGAAAAAGCCGCCAAUGAAACUAUGGGCGGCAGCGAGUCGCUCUCUUCGCCGAUUCAAAAACCAGAUUGCACAGAGAGUUGUCUACUGUUUUGUGUGGCGUCCGGUUAUUGUGGAUGAACCAACUACCGCCAUUACCAGCGUGACAAUGUUAACCCCGCUGUAGAGAAGUGUCCGGAGAGUCGGAGACACAGACCUACCAACUACUCGGACGCCGUCGUUUUGCCCCCGGAAGGCUACUGGUGGAUUGUGGCUCUCAAUCUGUUUUUGCUGGAAUUGAUAGAACUUGGCUCGAAGGUGGAUCUGGAGAUAUCGGUCAUUGGAAGGAGGCAAAUUUAGAUAGUGCCAAAAUGCAAGGUUAUGCUGAUCAUCCAAAACUAAAGCGAUCAGUUUUUAUCACUGGAACUGCUAAGGAAUCUCGUGCUGGACCAGCUAUUGGUCUGCUCGACAUUGGUGUGAGUGACAGUGCUUACCUUUUUCGAGUUGUGUUGUCUGGCGUACGUAAGGAUCAAAGUAAUUUAAAAUGUGAGAUCCAGCGUGAUGGGAGGGUAAAAGUGCAAGGAGUGGUAACAGAUGGAGAAGUUGUUAGAGAGACAUCAAAUGUGUACCAAAUGAAUGUGCAGCAACUGUGCCGACCUGGACCAUUCACCAUUUCUUUCAAUCUGCCUGGGCCAGUUGAUCCCCGGCUGUUUGCUCCUAAGUUCCGGGCUGAUGGAGUCCUGGAAGGGGUAGUAAUGAAACACAAAAAACCAAGUGUGGCAGUGAAUGGGCGGUGCUGAAAUGCAUGUAAGCUUGUAAUUUAUCUUGCCGCCUGCACAACCUUUCUGGCAUGAACAAUGAUUACAUGUGGUCUGUUCUGAAAUAGCUUUUGUCUGGCAUUGCCCAAUGUGAAUGUGGUUAGUCAAUCUUGUAGUCUUGGUAUGAAUAUGAGCUUUUAAUAUUGGCUGAGUCGAGAGUUUUUUACAUCUCUUACUGUCCUGUUUUGGGUCAUUAUCGAUAGAAUCAAUGGUGAAGUGGAUGGUUUCUUGUCAAUUGCAUCAUCUUCUUCAUCAAUCUCUCCUUAUUUUGCAGCCCAACUGUUUAUUUCUCCUCCCCCUCAACCCUUCCCACUUAUUAUGAAGAUGGGAUUUCUCGAAGUGGUCAAAAUGUGGGGAGCAUCGACCCCAAGGCAACUGGUUUUUCUUUUCCUUUUGUCCUCUUGCAGAAUUGAAAUUUGAUAUCGCACCCUUCCGAUUGAUUGCACACCCAAAAACAAGUAUAGUGUUAGAGUCAAUAUUGUAUAGGCUUUUGACAUUUUGCAUAUGGAAUUUGCUUGAAUGACAUGUUGGGA